CUUUGGGCCACACCACUGGUCAAUAGCCUCCAACCUGAGAAACAGUCCUCUACUACAGUGGUCCCCAACCACCGGGCCGCAGAGUAUUUGCUACCGGGCCGCAAGGAAACGAUAUGAUUUGGCGAUAGGAGUCAGCUGCACCUUUCCUCAUUCCCUGUCAUGCCCACUGUUGCGCUUGAACACACGCGAGGUCAUUAACAGCGCGUCAUCCAUGUCAGCGCGGGAAGAAGAUCAACUCCUCGAGCUUGCAAAUGAUGGCGGGCUGAAAAGUAUGUUUGACGUAACAUCUCUGCCGGCAUUCUGGAUCAAAGUCAAGCCACGAAAGAACUGAAAACGUUGCUUCCAUUUCCAACAUAUCUCUGCAAUGAAUGCGACGAAAACUAAAUAGACUGGACAUAAGGAACCUCCUUCGAGUAUCGCCGUCUCCCAUCACCCCUCGAUAGGACUGUCUUGUUGCAGGGAAACAAGCCCAGGGCUCCCACUGAUUCAGCAAUACUGGCUAAAGAAAUUCUUACAAAAGAGUCAAAUGUACAGGAAGUACGAUGUCCCGUCACUGUCUGUGGUGACGUUCAUGGACAGUUUCAUGACCUAAUGGAACUGUUCAGAAUUGGAGGCAGAUCUCCAGACACCAAUUAUCUUUUCAUGGGAGAUUAUGUUGACAGAGGUUAUUAUUCAGUUGAAACUGUGACAUUGCUCGUAACACUGAAGGUUAGAUAUCGAGAACGCAUCACAAUAUUACGAGGGAACCAUGAAAGCAGACAAAUCACACAAGUAUAUGGGUUUUAUGAUGAAUGUUUAAGAAAAUAUGGAAAUGCUAGUGUUUGGAAGUACUUCACAGACCUGUUUGAUUAUCUGCCCUUGACAGCCUUAGUAGAUGGUCAGAUAUUUUGCCUGCAUGGUGGACUUUCUCCAUCCAUUGACACAUUGGAUCACAUUCGAGCCUUGGAUCGGCUGCAGGAAGUGCCACAUGAGGGACCAAUGUGUGAUCUGCUCUGGUCUGAUCCUGAUGAUCGUGGUGGUUGGGGAAUUUCUCCUCGAGGUGCCGGCUAUACUUUUGGACAGGACAUUUCUGAAACUUUUAAUCAUGCAAAUGGGCUCACUCUGGUGUCUCGGGCUCAUCAACUUGUAAUGGAGGGAUACAACUGGUGCCAUGACCGAAAUGUGGUGACAAUAUUCAGUGCUCCCAACUAUUGUUAUCGCUGUGGUAAUCAAGCUGCUAUUAUGGAACUAGACGAUACACUGAAGUAUUCAUUUCUUCAGUUUGAUCCUGCACCUCGCCGUGGAGAACCUCAUGUCACUCGACGUACUCCAGACUAUUUCUUGUAAAGAAUUCUUUCGUACACUACAACCACGCCAGCAGUUCAUCUGCUCCAGAAAAAGCAACAAUAAUUUAAAUGUUUCUAAAAUUACUUUUGUUUGUCACAACAUAAUAGCAUUAACACGGACCAAAUAUGCUGUACUAAAGGCAGUCCAAUGCCUGGAACAUUGAGCACAAUUUGGCGAUGAUUACUUUUGUUUCUAAGUGGAAGCAAAUGGUAUUUGGUCAUAAUCAAAUUUUGCCUGCUGUCAUUCGUCAUUUUGUUUUACCCAGAUACUGUGAAAUAUUGAUGUAAAGAUGGUAUGAUAAACAGGACAAAAUGCAACAGUCAUGACAUUAUAAGUUGUAGUUUUAGCAGGCAUGUAUUGGUUUUCAGUAUCAUUUUUUAAGCAAGCCACACAUGUUCUGAAUGUAUGCUACCAAUGCUUGAAGGAGACACACAAUGUUCCUUCUGGAGUGUUAGAGAAAUGUCCCGUUUUGAUGUUUGAAUCACUGUUGUGUUACUGUACUUUUUUCUGUAUAUAUUUGACAAAGAAUGCUUGCAACUUGGUGUAUUUGAACAAUAAACUACUUCACAUAAU